AUGACACUAAAAGGGACAUUGUGGUUGAUGAUGCUGACACUGGUAGUAGUUGUUGUUACUGCCACCACCAACAAGAACAGUGUGUACCAGCCUUGUGCUGAUGCUAAGAUUCAGAGAUCUGAUGGUUUCACUUUUGGCAUGGCCUUCAGCUCCAGGGAUUCUUUCUUCUUCAACCAGUCCCUUCAGCUCUCACCCUGUGACCGACGUCUCUCUCUCUCCUCAUCCAACUCACAGUUUGCUCUCUUCCGUCCCAAGGUUGAUGAGAUCUCUCUCCUCACCAUCAACACCUCUAAUUUCUUCCCAGAUUCAUAUGGUGGAUAUAUGGUGGCAUUUGCGGGGAGGAAGUAUGCUGCACGAUCUCCACUUGCAUUUGUUGCAAACAGCACAUAUACGGUGACAAGUUUCACACUGGUACUAGAGUUUCAGAAGGGUAGGCUGCAGAACUUGUACUGGAAAAGAGAUGGUUGCUCUUCAUGCAAGGGAAAUUCCAACUUUGUUUGCCUCAACAAACAAGAUUGUGCAAUCAGAACAUCAUCUUGUAAAGGCAGAGGAGGUGCAGUUGAUUGCAGUCUAGGAAUUCAGCUAGCAUUUUCUGGUACAGACAAGCAUCUGUCAGUGCUUAAUUCAUGGUAUGAAGUGGAAAACCUGCGGCAGUACUCUCUCUACGGCUUGUACUCAAAUCUGAAGGACUCUCUCACCAGCCAGUUUAACAAAUUCUUUUAA